AUGGAGAGCUUAUCAGUUAUCUGGAUUAUAGGUAUAAUUUUUGCUUUCAUUCUGGACACUAUAACUAUGUUGAUCAUUGGUAAAAUCAUUAACGGUGUUGCAAUUGGAAUGGCAUUUGUUACCAUUCCCAUAUAUCAGUACGAAAUUAUUCCUGUGCAAAAUAGAGGUAGGAUUUUAUCGAUAUUUAUAUUUAGUUGUGCAUUGGGGAAUUUGUUUAUUUAUGUUGUCCGAUUAAUAUCAGAGAGAUUCCUUAAUGAAUCGAAAUACUCUCGAUUGUUUUGGGCUAUUGAAGUGAUCCCGCUUGUUUUCGCUGCUACAUUUAUCGCAUUUAUACCGGAGUCACCCAAGUGGUUGGCAGUAAAUUGCGAAUGGACUUCUGCCGCUGAUGUUUUAGAACUGAUAGAAGUUAAAAACUCUUCUGUCUUAAAACGUCGAAAAACAAAAGAGGAUAGAAUAAGAUUGGGUGAUAAACAUUAUGUGAUUAAAAAGUAUUCAACAGGUGUAUGUAUCAAAAGUUGUUCAAUCAAUGGAUUAUUUGGGAAAAAAUAUAUCAAGGAGGUGUGCAGAGGUAUUUUGUUGUUGUUUUUCGUUGAUUUUACUUCUAUUAGCAAGAUUUUGGAAAGUUUGGAUUACAUUUGUCAGUCGUGCCAAAUCAUGGGUGAAAGUUUGAAAACAGUUACGAUUUUCCAGUUAUUGAUGCGAGUUUUGUUUGCAACAGCACCAAUUUUAAUAAUUGAUAUGAUGAGAAGAAAAGACGUGCUUGUUUUUGGUAUGUUUUUGACAACGAUUGUGAUUAUCAGUUAUAUGAUUUUAUUUCUUGGGUUUUCUGUACCUAUUCCAAAAAGUGAGCAGUCAAAUUUGGACUGGGCUAUGAAGGUUGUUUUCUACCAAGAAAAAGCAUCUGUGGUAUUAGCAUUGACAGUGUUUCUAGAUGUUGUGUAUUAUUCAAUGCUAGUGCCAACGUGUUGGUUGUACAUUAUAGAAACCUUUUCAACCAGUUCAAGAAUAAAAGGCUGGGUUGUGAUUAUGAGUUUGCACUGGUUAUUUGAAACAUGUACUUCUUUGUCUUUUUCCUUUUUGAUGGAGGAACUUAAUGGUUGGUUGUUUUUAAUUAUUUCAUUCAUAUGUUUAGGUGGAUUGUUUUUCACAACACAAUUAGAAGAAACAAAGGGUAAAUUUGAAUUUGAUCCUGAGUUUAUUAUGAAGGAUAGUCAAUGUGACCUUAGUGAUGACAAAACCCUAUCUGGACAACCAGCUAACUUGAAAUUUUAUGAUGAAAGCUCAUUGUCUAAUUAUGUCAGCUCAACGGGAAGCAAAAAUAUCAGGGAUUUUGACAUCAAAGGUAAGCCCUUCAAUUCCACUAAAAAAAGUGUUAAAGAAAGCAAUAUUAGUAAACCAAUUAUAAAUCCAUGGGAAACCCCAUAUGGUAGCAUGGAGAGUUUUCUUAAUAAUGAGAAAUUGAAUCAGCAACCAGCAAAUGUUUCUAAUGUCAAUGUUAUGAUGAAGAAAAAUUUAGUUGAUGCUUAUAACCGAUUGUGA